AUGUUGGGUAACUUUGAGUUUGUGGAAAUUGCACUCACUUCACUACUCAACCAGCAACAAGUCAAUGCCCUGCUGGAUCUCUUUGCUCAUGUCACACAGGGAGCUGUCCAAGUCAUGCUCAAGAAUGAUGUCAAACUUUGCAAAUUCUCCAGGGUCAAAGUUAAGGUACCAUACAAAAAGGAAGAAUGUACAUUUGAAGCACAUAUUCACCCACUGUGGGAGUGGGCACUCGAUAUCUUAGAAAAUCCAUUCCUUGGCACAACAGCAUUGAGUAUGAAUGUUUUUAUGAUGAGCCCUGGACCAGAGAUUAUUGGUGGGAUAUUCAGGCUAAGAACAUUUCAGGUCCCUGAAGAUGCUGAAGAAGAGGGAAAGCUAGGCUACACAACCCUCAAGCAUGUCAUUUGGCACAAAUCUUUUAAAAAGUUACUUCUGGAGAUUGAGCAGUACUUGAAGACUGGAUGCAUGGUGGCACUCACUCAUGGUCACAGUGGCAAAUGCCCUUGCCCUGUUUAUGACCAAUCAAACAUUGCAAGUUUUCUUCGCUGCCAAAACCUCACACAGUUCAACCAAGUUAUUCAUGUCACUUUUUCAGAUGGUAACAAGCUGGCUGAUAUCUCCAAGCAAAUCUUCUAUGCAGGGAUCAAUGUUUUGAAGAAGAGUACAACCCCUGAAGGGUCCACCUCUGGAAGCAUGUUGUUUGAGAUAUCUGCCCAAAGGGUGCUGCAUGCAACUAUAGCACUUGGCCCAACAAAAGUAUGCAUAAGCCAAUCUGAGAUGCAUAUGAACACUGUUCAAAUGGUAGAGAUGUUCCUGCUCAGAUUGCAUGUUGAUCACCUUGAGAAAUCCAUCUCUGGGGAAUCAGAUCCAGAAGUUGAUGCAGUCAGUGAGCAUACCUCGGUUGAUCAUAUUAAGCUUGGUGCACAUGUUGUUGCAACCCAAACCCUGAAAGACUUGGAGGAAAAUGGUCAGCCAGAUAUGGCGUUCCAUUGGUUCUGUCAAAGGUCCUGCAAGUUCCUUAAUGACACCCUUCUGGCAUAUGGAUAUCAAGUCAAGUCAUGGAUCUCCCUCCCUGCUGACUUCACAGUUAAAGAAUACCAUUAUCUGCUGGUCAACUAUGAGUCAACUGUCACUUGGAACCAGUGCACAGAUCAUCUCUGCUGCAACCCAUCAUUUUUUGACAUAGGAAACAUGGAAUUUAUCUUGGCACAACCCUUCAUGACAAGGAUUGGACUGGCCUGCACUAUUGAUUGUGAUCUCAGACUCAAACAUGUCAAGACAGUUCCACAGGCUGCAUCCAUCUUCAUACCAUUGUGCUUGAUCAUCCAAGGGGCUGUUCUAGCACCUGACACCGAACAUGAUGAUGAAUUUUUUGUUGUUGAGCAGCUUGAUAGUGAUAUGUUCCUAUGGACACAGGUGAUGUAG